GAAGGCCACACUGAAGAGCCCAGCCUGGAGCACCUCCUCUCUCCUUCCGGGUGGAAGUCCUCUAGGGGCACCAGUGGGAGGCGGUCCUGGGUGGACGGAGGGGGGCACCACUCCCCAGGACACUCACAGAUCCUUGCAGUUCCCAGUGGGGCUUUGGGACCCCUCUGCAGCUCUCUCUGGGCCGAAGCUACCUUGCCCUGCCCUCCCCUGUGGUUCGCAGGCACCCUGGCCAUCCGGGCUGGGCUGGAGGAGGGGCCUGGGGCCCGGAGCCCGGCACCUGUUGGCGCCCCCGCCCGCUGCAGCCCCCGCCGGCGAGGGGGCGCCGGGAAGACCGGGGAGGUGGAUCAGCUUUGCGGAUUGGGGCUCACAGCUGUCACUCCGGAAGGGUGGGGCGUUUCAAAAUUAAAAAAAAAAAAAAACAACAAAAAAGAAGAUUUGAAGGCGAACCCCGCCACCCGCGCCGGGCAGGGCGCGCUCGGAUGCAGGCCCGGCGGAGCGGGGCCAGGGCGCCGGCGCGCGGGCGACAGCUGCAGCUCCCAGCCGCGGGCCCGAGCCGGUUCCUCCUCCGCGCGCUGCGGGCGCCGGGCCGGCGGGGAGCUCCUCCAGCCUGAGCCCCGCGGGCCGGGCCGGGCCCGGGGCCGCAGCGAGCCCGCGGCGGCGGGGCCGGGGGCAGCGGCGCCCACCAAACUUUCGGCUCCGGAGCGCGUGUGCGCGCGCCAAUCCCGGGACGCAGUGGGCGCGCGCGAUGGGGUCUGGGAGCGGGGGCGCCCCGCGCCGCCCCGCGCCCCCGGCCGCCCGUCCGGGGGCCUCCGCGCUGGCUCUGCUGGCGCCCCGGGAGCCGCAGCCCGGCUCCGCUGUCCCCCGAGCCCGGGCCCGCUAGCCGGCCCCGCGCCCUCCGCCCGGCUGCCCGGGUCGCCCUUCGCGUGGGGAAGCGAGGAAAGCGCUCUCGCGGCUGAAAUUAAGGAGGUUUAAAUCCCGGUGUGGCGAGGACCGCGGGGGAUUCGCCUGCGCGCGGCCAGACUCGGAAGCAACUCCCGAGCCCGCGCAGCAGCCGCCGGGCGGCCAUGGACCGGCGCGGGGAGGGCGCACGGCGCCCCGGCCGCUCGCGCCCCUGACCCGGCGACGCCCGUGUCCGCCCGGCCGCCGAGCGCCCGGCCCCGCACUCCGGGCUCAGGCAUGUGCGCGUCUGAGAUGGGGGCGCGCCGGCACCUGUGGUCCCCGGUGCUUAUCAGCCUGGCCGCCCUGUUCUCCAAAGUGGCAGAGAGCCGAGGCAUCCUGGAGAGCAUCCAGCGGUUCUCCCUGCUGCCCACCUACCUGCCGGUGACCUACCGCAUCCACCAGGCUGAGGUCGCCUUCUUCCUGAAGGAGGCCAACCAAGACUUGAUGCGCAACUCCAGCCUGCAGUCGCGCGUGGAGUCCUUCCUCGUCUACAAGUCCCGGGGCCUGCCACGCCUCAGUGCCAGCUACGGGCCCUUCUCCACAGAGCAGGCCGUGCCCCAGGACCUCCUGCUGCUGACCAGCCCCUUCAGACUCACCAACACCUUCCCCCUCAACUGGAAGCUGCAGGCCCGUGUCCUGCGGGAGAAGAUCUACCCAAGCCGGCCCCAUGUACAGAUCCUUUUCCAUAUUGCGGGCCUUGACUGGGAGGACCGCGGGGCCCUGGAGGAGCCGCUGCCCUGCCUGCGGGUCUUCGCCUUCCGGGAGACUCGGGAGGUGCGGGGCGGCUGCCGGCCUGGGCCGGCACUGGGGCUGUGUGUGGCAGAGCUGGAGCUGCCGCCGGGCUGGUUCAGCAUUGCCCCAGGGGUGGCGGGGCGCAGGCGGCCCCCCGAGCCACAGGACGGGGCUCGCGUUGAGCUCUAUUACUCGGUUCAACCUGGGGACGCGCAUGGGGACUGCACCGGGACUGCCCGGAGGACAGGCGUCGGGCUCCACACCGGCCAUAACGACAUUGACGAGUCGGGGCCUCCCUUGCACAGGAUCGGAAGCGUCUUCCUGUACCCGAGCCCUGGCAGCCCGGCCCAGCGUGAAUUGCGACUGGAUAGCAAUGUGGCCGUCCAUUAUACCCCUGGGACUGCAAGACCGGGAGAUGUGCUCACCUUCCCCGUCUCCGUCUCCAGGAACUGCACCGAGGGCCGCUUUACCCUCAGGGCGAAGGUACAGAAAGGUGUGAGCGUGGUCAGGGUGCGAGCCAGCAGUCCUGCCAUCUGGGAUGUCCAGGAGAGCUCGGAGCACACAGGGAAGCAUGCGCCCGCCGUCAUCUUCUGUCAGAAGAGAUCUGCUGGCUCCGAGAGCAGUGUGGACGGCGCCCCCUACGAAGUCAUGCAAAUUGACAUCGAGAUUGAAGAGCCUAGCCACCCACCAGCCACGCAGCUGGUCACCUGGCAGGUUGAGUACCCGGGAGAGAUCACGUCUGACUUGGGAGUGUCCAAGAUCUACAUCAACCACAAGGAUCUGAUUGCCGUCAUACCGCUGGCCAUGGAGACGGAGAUCCUGAACACAGCCAUCCUCACGGGGAAGACGGUGGCCGUGCCAGUGCAGGCGGUCUCGGUGGAGGAGGAUGGCACCGUGACGCCUCUGCGGGAGGCUGUGGAGUGCAGGUCCUCCGAUGAAGACGUGAUCAAGGUUUCUGACAGAUGCGACUAUGUCUUCGUCAAUGGGAAAGAAAUGAAAGGCAAAGUGAACGUGGUAGUCGACUUCACCUACCAGCACCUGCACAGCCCCCUGGAGAUGACAGUGUGGGUCCCCCGGCUCCCACUGCAGAUCGAGGUGUCAGACACGGAGCUCAACCAGAUCAAGGGCUGGAGGGUCCCCAUCUUCUCCAACAAAAGGCCAGCUCGGGACAGUGAGGAAGAGGAGGAGGAGGACAGGAAGGGCCGUGGCUGCGCCCUGCAGUACCAGCACGCCAUGGUGCGGGUCUUGACGCAGUUUGUGGCUGAGGCACCUGACCCUGGGGGUCACCUGGCCUACCUCCUGGGCUCAGACUGGCACGUGGACAUCACCGAGCUCAUAAAUGACUUCAUGCAGGUGGAGGAUCCCAGGAUCGCCAAGCUUCAAGGGGGACAGAUCCUGAUUGGGCAGGAGCUGGGGAUGACCACCAUUCAGAUCCUGUCCCCGCUGUCCGACGCCAUCUUGGCUGAGAAGACCAUCACUGUGCUGGAAGAGAAGGUGACCAUCACAGACCUCGGGGUCCAGCUGGUCACGGGACUUUCGCUCUCCUUGCAGCUUAGCCCAGGGAGCAACAGAGCCAUCUUUGCCACUGCAGUGGCUCAGGAACUUCUGCAGAGACCCAAGCAGGAAGCAGCCAUCAGUUGCUGGGUACAGUUCAGCGACGCGUCUGUCACCCCCUUGGACAUUUAUGAUGCAAGGGACUAUUCCCUGUUAGUCACAUCCCUGGAUGAGAAGGUGGUCUCUAUCCACCAGGACCCCAAGUUCAAGUGGCCUAUUAUCACUGCAGAAACCGAAGGCCAGGGAGCUCUGGUAAAGGUGGAAAUGGCGAUCAGUGAAUCGUGCCAGAAGUCUAAGCGCAAGAGUGUGCUGGCUGUGGGGACAGCCAACAUCAAAGUCAAAUUUGGCCAAAACGAUGCUAACCCCAACACCAGCGACACUGGACACCCUGGGGCGGGGGUUCGCUUGGAAAAUAACAUCAGUGACCGAAGGUCCAAAAAGCCUCUGCAGGACUGGAGCCAGGAAGGGCAGUACCAGGGCAGCUCCUCGCUGGGGCUCAUGGAGGGACAGGGGCGGGGAGGCACCACAGAGAGGCCAACCUUCCAGAGCAGAGAUGGCCAGGCAAGCCUGCUGGAUGGUGACAGCCACUUGCAGACAGUGACCAUGGACAUCGCCAGUUUCCCGGACCAGAUGGACCUCCCAAGGAGCCCCACAGAGAUGGAGGAGAGUGACCUCGCCCAGGUGGGCAGUGGCCUGGGCGACCUGGAGGUGGGCAUGUACGCGCUGCUGGGGGUCUUCUGCCUGGCCAUCUUGGUGUUCCUCAUCAACUGUGUGACCUUUGCGCUGAAGUACAGGCACAAGCAGGUUCCCUUUGAAGAGCAGGAGGGUCUGAGUCACUCCCAUGACUGGGUGGGGCUGAGCAAUCGGACAGAGUUGCUAGAGAACUCCAUGGACUUCACAUCUGCCCAGUGUGAGCAGAUCACUGCUGUGGACAGGGGUCUGGAUGCAGAGGAAAGUAAAUACCUGCUGAGCACCAGCUCCCCCAACAGCAUCAACGGUCAGCUGUUGAAGCCUGUGGGAGCCAUGCUCACCGAUGGGGAAGAUCAGAAGAGCGAGCCCCCAGCCUCCCCUACCUCAAAAAGGAAAAGAGUGACAUUCACCACCUUCUCUGCCAUUUCCUCCGACGACGGGUGCCCUGAAGGGAACACAGGAUUGGUGAGCAGUGAGGAUGACAUUCAGUGGGUCUGCCAGGACCUGGCACCCGGGCAGUGCACAGAGCUACAUAACUACCUGGAAAGGCUCCACGAGCAUGUGUAAGCCAGACCCGUGCACACACUUACUCUCACCAUUCAGCCUUUAAUCUGGGCACGUGUGGCAACUGUGCACUGCGGGGAGGAAGGGGCCACAGGACAAGGCAAGGGUGACACUGGCAAUACAGCCCCCAGGAAUACAGCCCCCUCUGUUUAGUUGGGGGGGGGUCCCCAGGUCUGCACUGAUGCACACAUCCCAGCAUCCAAUGUCUUCUUGCUCAAAGCUCAGAGGUUUAUCAUGCAUGACAGGGUUUAUCAUCCUGGCACACAGAUGACUUCCAAAUCACUGAGCUUUGAGAGUUUCCAGAAAAGUAAUCUUCUCUUGAAUCAAAACAACUCAGGUUUGCUAAAAUCCAUGUGACUUCCGAACUCGAUUUAGCAGACCAAGGAGAAAUGACAGAGUUGGAGGAUGAGUGCACAGACUGAUGGGAGGAAGUGUCCCAUACAGAGCCGCAUCUCUCAUGAGCAGAACCAGUCCUGUCCGGCCCUAGGAGGCAGGGUACCAAGCCGCCAUCCCCCAAAGACUGGGUCAAGCUUGGUUAUGGGUUGGUCAAGGCAGAUUCUGAUGAGGAUGGGAGCAACCUCAGAGGUAGGCUGCAAUUUGCUAAGAACAACAGGGACACACAUAUGGCUUAGAGCAUUUUUGUAUGUGUAAACAGAAGACACUGGGCACAGACUUCCAAUCGGGCUCAGAGAACAGGCCCUUUCCCCAAGUUCCCUCUGUUUGUGUGAUCUCCCCAUGGAAGUCACAAUGAAGCUAUGAGACACUUUGGGUUGCAUCAUUUCCUGAGCCUCUCUCUUCCCCCUCAGCCCCUGGUGACAUUCUCCACUCUGAAGAGGCUGGUCUUGCUGAAUUAGCAGUCGCCACAGUGAAUUCAACACCACGGUGUGUGCAUUCCCCUCACUAUUUUUCUAGAAAGAAGAGAGGGCUGUUUUGUACUGGCUCUGUCCUGACUCAUGUUGAGUCUCCGGUCCACUAACUCGCCCUCCGGCAUCCUUGUGGAUUGGGCAGUGCCCACAGAGCCAGACUCAGGCUGAGAUGCAGGUAGCAGCAGAAAGUCAGGCCCAGACACACUUGAGCAGCACCAGAGCCUCUUUCUUAAUGGAAAGUGGAAGUGUGGGAAGCAUCAGGGGUGUGUGGACCGCAGAGGUGCAAGCAACCCUGCCACUGGUCCUAAAGUCAGCCCCACGAGGAUCAACAUGGUAUAAAGUCAGAAUGACUGGGGUCAGUCACCACCCAUCAGAAACAAAGCUUGUGAAGAGGCACAGAGUGAGAGCGAUCUGACCCUCAAGAGACUGUGGGAGAGGGGCAGAAGAAGCCAUGCUUUUGGACUCAUCCUUCUCUUUGUGUUGUUUAACUUCACGCCAUUUUCUGUUCUGCUCUUCUGCUCUUUUUCCAACCUCUCUCUCCUCUUUGUGUCUCUUGUAUUUCUCUGAACCUAUCUGCUUCUCCUCUGUCAGUCUGCUUCCUUCUCCUGCUCUUUGCCUUCCUUUCCUCUUCCUCCUCUUUAUAGCUCCUCUUCCCCUCCUUCACCUUCCUCCUCUUCUUCUCUAUCACAUAACUGAGCCUCCUUAAGAGGCAGUCAUGUGAGUCCCGCCAGCCUCCUCUUUGACUCCCAGCCCCUCCUGCUGGCCCUCUGACUGUGGUGUUACCUGUGUGCUCUGAGCCCCAGCUUUCCACAGCCAGCAAGUCUGCAAGGUGAUUCACCAUUUGAGUUGGGUGACUAAACUGUCACCCCUUUGCCAUGAUCAUCCUUCACUUUCAGUCACCCCUGAACACAUUUCUUCCUAGUCUUACCCCUGUGAUGUUCAGUUGUAUACUGCAGCGAUUGCCUGAUCCCUGCCCCAUCUCUGUGUGGAAUGUAUUGUAGAUUGUAAGAAUGUAAUAUAUAUUUAUAAACUUCCAGACUGUAAAUAUAAACCAUGCACUCUGA